GAUAAUUUUAUUACAUGACACCUGGGGUAAUGUAGAUAUAGUUGUCGAAAGUGUAAUUAUCAUUAUUCCUAUUAUUGGUUCCAACGCAAAAUUGAUUAAUAUCGUUGUAAAUAAUGAUAAAUUUUGACGUCUACUACGACUCAUGAAUGAUCAUUGGAGUGUCUUUAACAAUAAAUAUGAACGUUAUAUUUUGAAAUAUUAUACUGAUAUCGGCCGAAAAAUGACGAAAUAUUAUGCAGCAUAUUAUUGCGCAAUUUUGGGGCUGUAUUCACUUAUUCCAUUAACUCCAAGAAUUUUAGAUAUUGUAAUACCAUUGAAUGAAUCACGGCCAUUGAAAUAUGCAUUUCAAGCAGAGUACAGAGUGGACAAAGAGAAAUAUUAUUAUCCGAUUCUAUUUCAUGCUUAUAUGUCGAAUGUGAUCACUGUCGGGAUCGUGUUAUCUAUCGAUACCACUUAUAUAAUAUGCGUGUUACAUGCUUGCAGUUUAUUUGCGGCUAUCGGCCACCGUCUUGAAAAUAUUGUGGGCCAGACAAAUGUUAAGACUGAUGAUAAUGAAAAAAUAUGCGCAAGAACGCACUAUCAUUUAUUCGUAAAAAGAUAUGAUUCUAUAGAUGAUGAUGAUCGUGAAUUGAUGAUAUGCUUGAGAAAACAUCAACUCGCAUUAGAGUUCGUAAUUUUAUCAUCGAUGAUAAUAAUACUGGAUUCUACAUUCACGUACGUAACGUUUGUUCUACUAUUUCUUAAUGUGCUGAUUAUGAGCGUAAUUGGAAUACAAAGGUCUUUUAAAGAUAUUUUGUCUUUUAGAUACAGUUCAAGAUGGUAUACGUUCUCCAUAAAAAGCAAAAAAUUAUUAAAAAUACUUCUGUACAGAAGUUUCGUUCCUUGUACACUCUCGGCUGGAAAGAUGUUUGUUAUGUCACUGACUAUGUGCAGUUCGGUGAUGCAAACUGCCAUGUCGUAUUUUACUACCUUAGCAUCCUUAGCAUGAAAUAGAAGCGCUAUAAUACAUAUGAUGUUUUUAUCUUUACAAAAUCAUCAUAUUUAGAAGAAUCAUUAGUGAAAAUCCAUUAUACUAUUUACGAAAGAUAAUAAUAAAACGACAUAUAAAAACGCAGUAUAUUUCACUUUAUUCUACAGAAAAUUUAUAAUUUCGUGAUCUAUAAUUUCCUUUCAUACGACUGAAGGAGAUCUGUACAAUAAUUUUGAGUUGUCGGGAAACGGAAAUGUUAGAAAUGUUUUUCGCCGCAAAAGAUAAAUAUUUAAUAGCGAACAGCGACCCUUCUUAUAGAUUGAUUGAAUAUCCACCUAUCGCGGCGCGUAAACGUUUCAAACGUUUUCUGACAACCCAAAAUUAUCGUAAUGAUAUAU